AUGAAGUUUUCCACCCCCCUCGCUCUCCUCGCCGUCGCUGCCGUCGACGCCGCUGUUGUCCAGGAGGACAAGCGCUGGUGCAACACCGAGGGCCAGGCCUGCAACACCGUUGCCCGCGCCGCCGAGGCUUUCACCAACGCCAUCAAGGCCUCCGGCGUCGUUGCCCGUGACGACUCCGCCGCCGCUCAGGUCGCCGCCCGCCAGGUCGACCAGCUCGCCCUCGCCAUCUCCGCCUCCCAGGCCGACCCCAUCACCUUCUACACCGCCCUCGGCCUCGGUGACCAGUUCACCCUCGAGGAGAAGCCCCACGCCGAGAAGCGCGAGGCCGCCCCCCAGUGGUGCCUCCGCUUCGUCGGCCAGUCCUGCUGGAAGCGCAACGCCGCCCCCGAGGACGUCAAGCGGUGCACCGCCGAGGACGGCGCCUGCACCAAGGCCAAGCGCGCCGCCGAGGCCGUCAUCAACGCCAUCGAGGCUUCCGCCGACAACCUCGCCAAGCGUGAGGCCGCCCCCCAGUGGUGCCUCCGUUUCGUCGGCCAGUCCUGCUGGAAGCGCAACGCCGCCCCCGAGGCUGCCUGCAACGCCCCCGACGGCGCCUGCACCAAGGCCACCCGCGACAUCCACGCCAUGUACAACGCUGCCCGCCACAUCAUCGAUGCCUCCGCUUAA